CCUCAGAGUUGCUGGUUCGUUUUCGGUCAAACGAUAAGCCCACAGCUGAGGGUGGGGGAAGGGGUGCAUGCAUGAUGCAUGCGGUCAGACUCUUGUCGGCAAAUUAAAGCUGCCAUAGUCCUUGCUCCUUGGUUUCCUCUCGCUGCAUUCGUGAUUCGUCCGCCGUCGGUGGUUGGUUUCUGGUUUCUCUGGCAUUUAUCGCGCAGUAUCUGAUGAUCCGACAUUCAAGCUCAAUUGCCGGCCAUGUGUGACUAAAAGGCUGAGGUUUGGCCGCUCAGGGAGCUCUCUUUCUCUCUUGUCCGUCCCCCCCCCCCUUCAGCCUCGAGUUUCGACCCGUCUACUAUUAAUUAUACCAAUACCCUUGUACUUGUGCCGACAGUAUGGCCGCUUCCAGUGAGGAGGUGGUGGAUCUAUACUCUAAAAUUAGCGACAGCCUAGUGCCCAAGGAGGAUAGUCACGGCAAGAAAUUCCUUCCCGAUGCGAAGCUGAGGGAGCUGGUGAACAAGGAGAGCGUCGCCGAGUAUCUCCGUACCAAGUAUUGGGAGGAAGAACCCGGUCGCAUUUCUUCCGAGUUGAUAUCCUUCAUCGUCCAAAACGCGCCCAGACUCUUUGCCACGCUCGUCAUGGCUGGUUCUGCCGACUCAAUUGAGGCCUUCUACAAAUUGGCAUUCGGCCAAGACAGGCUGUCGCCGUUGCUGCCGCUUGCUGAUAAAGACAUCAAGAGGGGAAUUGUCAACAAUUUUGCUGUUGGGAAUUUCCGAAUCUGGCAGUGGAAAUUCCUGGCCCCAGUCUUCGAGAAGGGCAGGUUCAGGUACACAUUUGGGCCCGAAGAGAUCCUGCCCUUCACUAAUGAUAUAUCAUCGGUGGACAACCGGGACGGGGGCUACGGCUACGUAUCGAAGCGGAGUAUCCAUGCGAGCCACAUUGAGAUCCCUAGCGGACAGCACAUGGACGUCGACGACGACAAUAAUCCUUGGGUAGCUGUCAAGAAGAUGCGUGUAGCCACCGACGCCGCGCGAGAGGCCACGUCGCUUGAGAAGAUACAGGAAUUCAACAACGGACAUAUCAUCAGACCAAUCGCCUAUUACCAGUGCCCGGAAGGGCACUUCUUCGUCUUCCCUUGGGCCGAGAAGGGGAACCUCUGGGACUUGAUAAUGAAUAAUACCCCGAACAUGGAGGAGGGGUUUCUUGUUUGGGCCUUUGAGCAGCUGGCCGGGCUGGCCCAGGCCCUGGCCCAGCUGCACGCCGAUCCUCAGACCGAGCUGCACGACGUCGACCCUGAGUCAAAAACGUCACACACGCGUCACGGCGACUUGAAGCCUGAUAACAUACUCUGCUUCCAACGCAAAAGCGACACUGUCAAACCCUUCUACUCCGGGGUUCGCCUGGUUAUUACCGACUUUGGGCUGGCCAAAGUGCAAGUCAAGGCGACCAAGCAGCGCAGCACCACCCAGACAUCAGUAUCCACCCUAAGGUACCAGGCCCCGGAGCUCAGGACGAAAGGAAAGCGGCUGUCGCGCGUCUUCGACGUCUGGUCGCUCGGCUGUAUUUAUCUCGAGUUUGCUAUCUGGCUGGUCUUAGGCCAGGAAGAGUUGAAACUGUUUAACGAAGGAGACAGGGAGUUCUACAUGUUGAAGGAUGAUCAGAACGCCAUCAUGGAUCCCGAGGUGGGCAAGUGCAUGAAAAAGAUUAGAGAGCACCCCAGCUGCUGUGGAGCAAUCAAGAAGCUCGUCGACCUCGUUGACAAAGAGCUCCUCGUUGUGUCGGUCAAAACCCUCGACGAGGAUCAGGACAUGACACAUUAUCGUGCUAGUGCUAGGGAUGUGAGCACAGAGAUGGAAAAGAUUGCUAGGGAUCUGAAGAACGAUGGCUGGAAGCCUGUGACGGCGGUCAACAGCAUCUAGGAAGAAGAGUCGCUAGUAUGGCUAUACUAUUGUCUUAGGAUUCUAAAGUAAAGAAAGAAAGAAGGAAAGUCUACAAAGGUACGAUCGAGGGUGCGGGGGUAUAGUGGGGUGCCGAGAGCGCACGGGCCAUUAUGGUUUGCCCUGCCAAGGCUCGUGACAAAGCCCCUCAAGGAGAGACCUACCUAGUUGGGUAGUUUGGUUCUUGUUGGAAUAGCGAUACUGGUGACCGCACACUAGCAGGGAGGAAGCAGAGAUCGCGCGAGUACGCACGUGC